AUGGAGAUGGCCGCAUCUCGAGGUGUUAUCUACAGUGUCUUCCUAGUGUUGGGAUUCUGUGCCGUGCACGGUGCUGCGGAUGAGAACUUUCGUUUGCCGAACGGCACCAUACCAAUGCACUACAUCCUUCGUGUGGACACUGCCAUCGAUCAGAACAUAUUCAACUACACUGGAAAUGUACAGAUCAGUGUCGUGAUAUUGCAUCCGACCACGCAGCUAGUGCUGCACAGUACACGGAAUAACAUUUCGCAGAUCCAGCUACGUGACCAGGACGGACGGCAGGUUCAAAUAAAGAACUUCAAGCUGGACAACCUGCGGGAGUUCUUGGUGAUCGAAGCAGCAACAUUACUAUACUCCAGGCACGGGACAUACACGCUCGAGAUCGAUUUCACCAACAGUGUCGAUCGUUUCGAUUUGACUGGCUUCUACAAAGUAUCGUACCAAACCGGGAACGAUGCCGUGCGGUACAUCGGAGUGACACACUUUUCACCAAUCAACGCAAGGUCCGCCUUUCCGUGCUUUGAUGAGCCAAAUCUGAAGGCCACAUUUGAUCUGCACGUCAGCUGUGGACGGACGUACCACGUACGCUCCAAUACACCUGCUCGUACCGUCCUGCCUCUGCCGAAUGGCAACAGGCUGUACAGCUUCACCACAACACCCCGGAUGUCGACGUACCUUGUGGCGUGGUUCGUUUCGGACUAUGUUAGCGAGAGUAAAGUGUUGACCGAAUGGCCCACGGUAACUGUCACCACAUGGGCCAACCCUUCGUCGAGCCAUUUGCUGUCCUACUCGGUGGACGCCUCGGUACGGUUCCUCCGUGCGAUGAGGCAAUACUUUGCCCAACCGUACGGCUUACCCAAAAUCGACAACAUUGUCGUACCGCAGUUUAACUUACUGCCGGAAGCGAUGGAAAACUGGGGACUGGUAACGUACAGAGGAAACGCGUUAUACGUUAACCCCCAGACCGAUGGUGUGAAGCAGAAGCGGGCUGUGGCACACAUUAUCGCCCACGAGUACACACAUCAAAUUUUUGGCAACCUUCUCACGCCCGCCCGGUGGAGCUAUCUGUGGCUUGCGGAAGGUUUCGCCCACUUCUACUCGUACUACUUGGGAUCGAUCAGCCACCCGGAGCAUAACUUUCGCAAACGAUUCCUUACCGAAUCGUUGCAGCUGACAUUUUACUUGGACAGUUUUGCCUCCGUUCAGCAAAUGACCCGCUACGUGGAGACGCGUAACGACAUUGUAGGCAUGUAUUCUUCCGUCGUGUACUCUAAGGCGGGCUGCGUUAUUCGCAUGAUGAACUAUGCACUGGGGGAACGUAUUUUUCGGCGCGGAAUUCGGGGCUACAUCCAGCGAAAUAAAAAGCAGGGCAUCGUAACGGAGUACGAUCUGUUCGAAAGUCUCGAGCUGGCUGCCAGGAAGGAAGAGGCUCUACCUAAGCAUCUGACGAUGCAUGAAGUAUUUCGUACCUGGAGCCAUCAGGCCGGUUACCCUGUGGUGCGUGUGCGACGUGAAGGAAACCAGUACUUCUUCACCCAGCAGCGCUAUCUGUCAGAUCCUGCGUACAGGCCCACAGCCAACGGCUCCUGGUGGAUACCGAUAUCUUUCGCAACGGCAAACAACACAACCUACGAAAAAUUGCCAGCCUUCUGGAUGGCGCCGAACGUGUCAGAGGUGUCGCACACGAUUCAAACAUCCGCCGGUGAUGUGGUGGUGUUUAAUCCUCAAUCCACUGGACUGUACCGUGUGGAGUACGAUGGUUCCCUGCUGCGAGGAAUUAUCGAUCAACUCUCCAAUAAUCAUACUGCAAUUGAUCCUACAGCACGUGCCCGUUUAAUUGAUGACACUUUACAACUAACGCUCAACCGUGGAGGCAACUUCAGUACAGUGUUGCAGCUUUUGAGCUACUUGCGCGAUGAAGCUGACAUCUUACCGUGGUCCGUUGUAAGGGAAAAUGUACGCUACAUGCAGUCAAUGUUGCGUGCCGAUGUGAAGACAUCGCGAUUGUUACAAUCGUUCGUCGAGACGAUCGUAGCUCCGUUGCUAUCCAGACACGAUCUACACCCCUCGGCUCCCUUGAAUGGAUCCGAUUCGAUCGACGAGUUACGGUCAAUUGCGAUAGAAUUAGCCUGUGGUGCUAGUGAGUCAUGCCAAAAAGCAUCCAAAGCUAUUCUACAACAUACCGCGUACAGAGCCUUUCUGUUUCAGCUCAGCGAUUCCGUCCGUCCCAAAGAGUUACAUCGUUUAAUCGUCGGUUCCAAGGUGUCGCCUCGCGUUCUGCUGGCAUCAAUCGGAUCGGAACUUUCACUUCGCGGUCGACAAUCUACCGAUCCAAACACCAUUUGCAAGACUCUAAUCGCUAUUGCCCGCUUUGCAAUGGAACCGUCAGAAGAAAUGUUGUUAAUCUCUGUUGCAUCGACGUACUUCUCGUGGGUUGUACCGGAGAUCGAGCAGCAGCUGAUGAUCAAUCGUAGAUGGAGAGAUCGGAACGUUCAACCCCUGACGGAUGCUCUUUCACGGUUCUCGCUGCGAAAGGCUUGA